AUGCCGCCGCCGCACCUCCACCCGCGGUCGCGCAUGACCUCGUCCCUCUUCGCAACGACCGUCGCCGUAUCCUUCUUCGUCGUUGCCCUGCCGCACAUCCUGCCCUGCCCGGCGCCGCGGGUCACGUACGCCGACGCUCCUCCCCGGGGCACAAACCCAGACGUCAUUGUCGUCGAGCGCGUCAACGAGGACGGGACAAUCACAACGACAACAAGGCAGAGGACACGCAGGCGGAAAGCCGCGCCCCCGCCGCCAGAAACGACGACAACAGCAACGACGGAGGUCAAGGACGGGAUCGCCAGCUUUGCGGCCGGGUCGAAUGACAACGCCGCCGCGAAACGUGUAGAAGAGACGGGCCGGACGAGGGACCGCGAGUGUCCCGUGCCGAAGCCGGGGGGCGUGCUGGGGGAGCUGCUGAGCUACGUCAACGGUAGCAAGAACGCAGAAUUACCGUCCUCCACAACACACGCGGCGAGUACGAGCGGCAGCCGAGAAGCUCAGACCAGCUCAAUAUCAAGGCCAACACCAGAGCCGAGGUCAGAUACUUGA